UUGUAUUUCCGUUUGUCACACAUCCCAAACAAAACAGGGCAGUGCGGCUCUUGUCUCCGCUCUGCUUGGCUAACGAUGGGGGAGGCUGACGUGACGCAGAACCAGGCCGACGAAAAGCCUCCAGACUCGGCCUUGGUCCCCGGGGAGGAGUCGGUUGUGUGGAGCCAUGAGGUGGAAGUGUGUCUCUUCCACGCCAUGAUUGGACAUAAACCAGUCGGAGUCAACCGUCACUUCCAUAUGAUCUGCAUCCGAGAUAAGUUUAGUCAAAACAUCGGACGCCAAAUCUCCUCUUCCGUCAUCUGGGAUCAUCUUGGAACAAUGUACGACAUGCAGGCGCUGCAUGAAUCGGAGAUCUUGCCGUUUCCAAACUCCGAGAAGAGCUUCUCUCUGCCUGAUGACAUCAUCCAGGAAGUGAAAGAAGGUAAGCUGUGCUCUGAAGAAGAGGCAAAGGAAGAGUUCAGGAUGGAGCGAGAACCUCCAGCGACGCACGAAGAAGGAAGUAACUCCUCGGUGAAGAUGUCUGAGCGCUCGAGUGGCAGCCGUGAGAAGGACAAGGGAGGGGCUGAGGGCGGAGCCACGGGAGGUGGUGGUGGAGGAGGAGGGGGAGGCGGCAAGGAGGCAGAGAAGAGGAAGAGGAGUCGGACGGCGGAGAAACUCUUGUCCUCUUCCAACCCUGCCAGUCCUGGAGGAGCCAAAAGGAGGCGCACCUGAGCCCGAUCUGGCGAAGGGGUCUGUUGUCACGGGAGCACACUUCCUGUCACAUGACUUGUCAGACAGGAAGCAGCCAGCGUGUUGUCAGAGCGCGCUUAUUUAAUUCCUCGUCCUUAUUGGCCAUAUGUGGCAACGCCCCGCCCCCCCUGGUCAUGUGACAUUUGUGACCUUUGUUUACUUGCGUCAGAUUUUAUCGACUAGAGACAAACACUCAGUUGUUUUUUAAAGUCUGACUAGCUGACAGGCAGCUCUGUGUCUGUGAGCGUCACACACACACAGGAAGUGGCCGCAGCUUGCGACUAGCAUGCUGGAUUAGCCUGCUAGCUUAGCCUUAGCGUUUAGCCUCGCAGAGCUGCUCGUGUUUUGGGGUCCAAACUACGAAUGUUUCGUUGUACAGCUGGAAAACAAAAUGCUAUAUGUUUUAGUUUUUAUUUUUAUCUACGUUUGAUGCCAUUAGGAUUUUUUUUUCUUACUGUAUUUAAUUUUUUAUUUCAGUUUUUGUGUCCGGAAGAAACAGAUGUUUAGUCAUUAAAUUGAUUAACCAAA